GGUUGGACAGGAAGGGGCGGGCAGGGGGUAAGGGCUGCUCCUUUCUUUCCCACCAGCCCCCUUGGGGCAGCCAUGGGAGGCCCAACCCUCAUGUGCCAUCCCCCUCUCCUUUUUUUUUUUUUUUUUGUUUAUUUUGGGAGGAAUUUUUAGGGUGGUGGUAAUUAGGUUUAAUUUAUUUUUUUAAUGGAGGUACUGGGGACGGAACCCAGGACCUUGUGCAUGCUAAGCAUGCGCACUACCACUGAGCUCUACCCUCUCCCACACUCUCCUUUUUUUUUUAGGCUCAUCCAGUGAAGACUGGAAGCUGAGGGCUCUAGGCCCAGGCAUCAGAGUGGACCAUGGCCCAAAGCCCGUGGGGCUGUGUGUGUGGCCUCCUGCUGCUCUUGCUGCUGCUGCCCUGGGGGUCUGGCCCUGCCCUGGGCCGGGGCCUUCCUCGGCCACUUGAGGACUUGGAACCACAUCUGAUCCCAGGAGCCCACCCCAAGGGCCCUCUUGGCACAGAGCCCCAGGCCUUCGACUUCCUCUGGGAGGAGCCCAGAGACAAGAACCCCGGGGACUCCAGUGUCCCCCAGGUCCUUGCUGAGGAAGUGCCUGAGAGGCGCGCAGACUCCUUCGGCCUAGCCCUGCAUGGACCUAAAGCAGCCCAUGGGGCUCAGAGAGAAGGACUCCCAGUAACUGAUGACCUCCAAGUGGCUCGAGGGCCAAGUUCUCAGGGCUGGACAGGACCUCCUGAACCACAGGAGCCUGUGGAGCAAGAAGCACCUGUCCCCUAUCCAGUGGACGCCCCCCAUGUCACUUUGAUCCCUACAACUUCCACGCUCCAAACUGAGACGGCCACGGUUCCCCCCACCCCUGGGGAGCCUGGAGGCCAAGUGGGACAGCGGCCAUCUGGAGAUGAGAGUCUGGUAGUGGCCAAAGACAAGACCAGGGUCUCAGAGACAUCCCCCUGGGAACACAAGGGCCCUCCCCACACGCUUGCUCCCCACCUGGGCACUACUGUGAGGCCAGUGCUGGAAGGACAGGGCCAGGGUGAGGAGGACGUCCAGGAGACAGCUCACAGUCCCCUCACCACCCAGCAGGAUCCAGCAGCCCCUGAUGUUGGCUCAGUAUCCCCAGCUGAGGGGGCAUCCUCUCAGGAGCCUGAGUCCCAGCCAGACCUGGCAUUGGCCAGAAGCCUUCCUCCUGCUGAGGAAUUGCCCUUGGAGCUCCCCAAGAAGGCUGGAGAUGGGGAGACCUGGGAAGUCAGUUCUCCAAGUCCCUCACCCAAACUGGCUGAUCUCCCUGAUGUCAGGGACUCACCAGGACCCCAGCACUCAGGUCCUCCAGCCACAGAAACUCCUGAUGCACAGCUCAAGCCAGAGAUAGCAGCAGUGAAUGGAGCAGACCCCAUCUCCCCCCAGCGGGUGAGAGGAGCAGUGGAGGCCCCAGGUACCCCCAAGUCCCUCAUCCCUGGCCCCUCCGACCCUGGCCCAACUACAAACCGAACAGAGAGCCCUGUGGGAGCCCUGAAGCCAGAUGAAGCCGAGGAGUGGCCUGGGCGCCCCCAAAGCCAUCCCCCAGCACCCCCUGUCCAGGCCCCCUCGACGUCACGCCGGGGCCUCAUUCGGGUCACCACGCAGCGCGCCCUGGGCCAGCCACCCCCUCCGGAGCCCUCAGCCAGCUCCAUGGCAUCAGCCCCAGCCUCCAGCCCCCCGGCCAACGCCACCGCACCACCCCUGCGCUGGGGUCCCCUGCGGCGGGUGCUGAGCUUUUCCUGGGAGCUGCACGUCUACGGGGUGGGGGUGCUUUUCCUGCUGCCCGCGUUGCUGGCACUGGCCUCGCUGGCAGCCGCCCCUGCGGGGCCCCGGCUGGCACUGGUGGCGGCGGUGCUGGUGCUGGUGGCGUCAGGGCUGAGAUCCGCCUACAUGCUCACCGACCCGUAUGGCUCGCAGGCACGGCUGGGUUUACGCGCCGGCCUGGUGCUGUACAAUCUGCCCUUCCCUUUGCUACUCACUGCGCUGGCGGCCCUGACCCUGCUCGGCCUGGGCGCGGGGCUGCCACAGCAGCUGCAGAACCCGCUCCUCCUGGGAGCGCUGGCGUUGGUGCACGGCGUGGGGCUGCUCGCUACAGACCUGCUGUCGGUGAGGCCUGCGCUCAACCUCCUGGCUCAGGGCUUAUCGUGCGUGCGCAUGCGCGGGCCGGUCCCCCAACAUGUGGUGGACGAGCCUGACCCGGCGGCUUCUGGCAGUUCCGCGGACAGCUUCUCACGGGGUUCACUCAAGAUCAGCUGGAACCCGUGGCGCCACGGGCUGUCGUCGGUGGACAGUCUGCCCCUGGACGAGCUGCCCAGCACCGUGCAGCUACUGUCUUCCCCAGCUCCUGCCCCUGCUCCUGCCCAGCCUGGGGAGCCGCAGAGUGGGGUCCAGCCUCCCUGCAAGCCCGGGGACUCCCGCAGCGCCUCCAGUGACACCAUCGAACUCUGAGGGGGUCCAGAAACUCAGGACCAGGGCCCCCGCCUCGAUGGCCCUACACGGGCAUGACCAACCGGGACAGUUGAAUAUUUGCAAAACAUUUCGGGAGUAUUCCUGGGCCUCCACCUGAUUGCAGCCUCCGGAGACAAGCCUGGGUGAACUCACCCCGAUUUUUGUUUUUUUAAAUAUCUCUAUUUUUUUCCAGUAUUUUGCACAGAGGCCGUGACUUAAGCGGAAUACAGGGUGGACAUGCACGACUGGAGAAUGGAAAAUGGGGUCCAGGUGCCCCAAACACCCCCCCCCCCGCCUCCAGACUCCUCAGUGGAGAUGAGGCUUGCUUGCCCAGACUGUCCUUUGUGCCAAAGAAAUAAAUCUUAGGACUUCGCUCAUGCCUCCCUCUGGCCACGCAGGAUCCUGUUCAGAGGAGAGGUAGCAGGGCCCACCUCCCAGUAACUGCAAGUCCUGUGUUUACUGUGGAGGGGAGGGCUUGCAGAGUAAAUGGCGCUGGACCCUUGCAGGCUUUAGAAAUAAUGGCUCCCAAUAUUUUAUGGAACAUCUAUCUGCUGUACACUGUCUUCAGCUCUUCACAUUCGUCACCUUACUUAUUCGCACAUUAAGCCUGAGUGGAAAGUAUUUUCGUGUCCAUUAUAGAUGAAAAGAGUGGAUGAAAGCCAUUUGUCCAGGGUCCUUUGGCAAAUGAGAGCUGGUACUAAACCGAGAAAGUUCCACUCCUAAGCCUGGUCCCUCCAUCCCCCUUUCUCCUAACACCCCUUCAUGGUCAAGCCUUUCCUCUGUCUUCCAUGGGGGUACCCCUCAAUUUCCCAGGGUUUUAAAAAACUUCCCCAAGGGUGGAGGGGCCCUCAGAAACUCAAGCCAACUCAUGGCAGGUGGGGGCAGGUAGUAAGACUGCAGCUUCUCCAUUUUCCAAGACCUUUAUUUCCUGAGAUGAAUCAAUAAAUAAAUCAGUGGCUGGGGGGCAGGUGAGUACAGAACAGGAGCUGGCAGCAUGCAGCUGGCAGGAGGGGGCUGUGAUGGGCCCAUCCCUGCAGGGACCCCUCCCCAUUCUGGGCAGGGGCCAAAGCUCACUAGCAGCCACCACGAGGAGACACUUUAUUUUAAAAAAUCCACACACAUUGUGAAGCCUGCCCAGUGCACUCGGGCCAAGACCUCACGGCGCCCACCCCUGGGGCUG